GACUUUGCGAUAUACGAAAAGGGUAACGUAUGCGUUUCGGGCAAAAUUAUUGCAUCAGUCGACGACAACGUACUAAUCGCGCAGCACUUGCUCUACGAUUGCAAUCGGCGUUUGGCGGCCGCCGAACAUACCAUACGUACGGACGACAUAUACAAAGAGUUGGGUUGUAUUGGAUUGGACUAUAAGAAGGCGUUCCGACGGUUAAAGAUUGUGGGCACCGAUGACUACAACGAGUUUUACGGUGUGUGCGAAUGGGACGGACAGUUUGUCACUUAUAUGGACGCACUGUUGCAGUCGAGGGUCCUAUCGGUACCGUUGCGAAAGUUACUGUUACCGGUGCUCAUACGUAAGCUACGGCUCGACCCACACGUAAUGUUUGACGCAUUCCGGAGCCACCGGUGCGAUGAGGGGCAAGUCGGGCCGGACGUGCCUAAGGAGGACAUGAGUAAAAUUGUAAUAUUUCAUCACGUGGUGCCGGCCGACGAACGCCAGACAGUGUCGCAUAUGGCCGACAGGGAUAAGACACGUUUCGUUGAACGCUUUGCCCAAUACUCGGCUGAAAUGCCAUUUUAUUACAAUACGGCGACCAAACAGUUGGUGUCGCCGGGCGUUGAACUCGAAGAGGUUAUCGCGUUUCCCGCACCCCGUCGUCAGGACACCACUGCUCUCGUGUUAGACUCCCAGGAGUUUUGCCCCAACGAUGACAAUCAGGCUAUCGAUGGCUGCUUAUUGGCCGCUGUGUCCAAGAAAAUCAUUCACAAACCUAUUAUACCAGAGAAACACAAUGUGAUUGACAUAAGCGGUGAUUACCAGCAAUGGUUCGGUGUAUUACAAGACAAAAUAAUAACUGCUAUGAAUGUGGAAAAUAAAACAGAUAACGUAUGGCUCGUCUCUAAGGAUUCGUAUAUCAAUGGAAUCAUAGGUUUAAUGAAUUGUUUGCGUUUAGAACCGGGCGGAGAGAACUUCCGGUAUGUCUUCCUUAUGGACACCAAUAGUGUGGCAAACAUUGACUUCAAUACUAAACCCUAUUCUGAUAUAUUGGCCAACGAUUUGGUCGCUAAUGUUAUCAAAGGAGGAAAACUGGGAACUUAUAGACAUUUCAAACUUCCCGCAGAUUUUGAUAAAUGUGUUUCUAAUGAAUAUUACCUAAACUCGGGUGCGAUCAGAGAUAUAGGGGGUCUUCAAUGGUAUGAUUCCCGAAAAUUACCCGAAAUUAAAAAGGGCUGGAAUUUUGGAAACAAAGAGGUCUAUAAAACACGUGUCAAUAUAUAUUGUGCGGGCGUUUCGUUUCAUGACGUUAUGGUUGCGUCGGGUCGUAUACCCGGCGGUCCGGAGCAGAUGUUUACCGAUUGUGUGUUGGGCUGUGAAUACGCGGGCCGUCGCGUGGAUACCGGGGAACGGGUGAUGGGUAUUGAUUUUCGUGCGUUCGCCACAUCACUGAACGCCACUAUUAAUAGCAUGACUACAGUUCCCGAGCACUGGUCGAUGGCAGAGGCGGUCACUAUAUUGAGCACAUAUAGCACACUGUAUUACGCGCUCAUCAAACGGGCUAAUCUAAAAAGAGGCGAGAGUGUAUUGAUUCACUCGGCGGCGGGAGGUGUGGGUCAGGCGGCCAUCAAUAUGUGUAAGCAUUACGACUGCGAUAUCUAUACAACGAGAUGUGUUAUUCAAAGCAAAGCUAUUGAAAACGACUGCGAUAUCUAUACAACGGUUGGCACCGAAGAGAAGAAACAAUUUCUGAUCAAUGAAUACAAUAUACCGGAGGAGAGAAUAUUCGGCUCAAGAGAUGUGUUAUUCAAAGCAAAGCUAUUGAAACUCACGAACGGAAAGGGAGUCGACGUUGUGUUGAACUCAUUGUCCGGAGAGAAACUCGACGCCAGCUAUGAGUGUGUGGCCAAUAGUGGCCGCUUUAUUGAGCUAGGUCGAUAUGACAUGAUACAAAACAAACAAAUAGGCAUGUUUGAUUUUGCGCGCGACAUCCAAUUUAUCGGUAUUGUUGUGGACAUGGCUUUUAUCACUGAUGUUAAUUUUUUCGACGAGUUCUACGAUUGGGUUCACAAGAACUCGAAGAAUGGAUGCGUAAAGCCAUUGAAUUAUACACUGUUUGAGGCCAAGGAUGCGGACAAAGCGUUCCGAUAUAUGACAACCGGUAAACAUAUGGGAAAAAUUGUCAUUAAAUUGAGAGACGAAGAGAUGGAUAGGCGGCCACUGAUGGCCAUAAAACCGGCCGUAGAUAUGGUGACAACGAUUAAGACAUUCUUCGAUCCAAACAAAGUCUAUAUAAUUACCGGAGGUUUGGGUGGCUUUGGUCUGGAAUUGAUUCCAUGGAUGCAGUUCUUCGGCGCCCGAAAGUUUGUGACCACUUCUCGAUCCGGACUUCGCACUGAAUAUCAGAAAUUCAUUCACAAUCGUAUGAAAAAAUUUUACAAAAAUAUGAAAGUAUUGGAGUCUCAAUGGAUUGUCUCGACUGCCGAUGGAUUCACAAUUGAGGGCACAAAACAACUGCUAAGAGAAGCACAAGAGUUGGGACCGAUUGGAGGGAUAUUUCAUUUGGCAAUUGAAUUGAAUGACUGUUUGUUAGAAAAGUUAACGUUUGAAAAGUUUUGCUCAUCGAUUGAUACAAAACACAAAAUAUUUGCAAAUUUGGAUCAACUGACCCGACAAUUGGAUUAUCCAUUGGAUUAUUUUGUUAUGUUUUCGUCCGUCACUUGUGGUAAAGGAAACGCCGGGCAAUCAAACUAUUCGUUCGGGAACUCCAUGUGUGAGCGUAUAUGUGAAGAGAGACGUAGGGAUGGUCUGCACGGACUGGCCGUACAGUACGGACCCGUCGGUGAUGUGGGAGUGUUUGAGGGCUCGGAUCAGCUCUUGGAGAUGACAACACUCAGAAAGCAGAGAAUUAACUCGUGUUGCGAUGUUUUGGACAAACUAUUGUGUCUUAAACAGCCAGUCGUCACGUCAUAUACCAAAGUGGAUAUGAGUGCAAAGGCGUCGUCGGGCGCCAAAUCGCAUAUAAUCGCAGAGUUGUGGCGGGCGUUGGGUAUCGACCCGUCCGUCACUCCCAAUCACCUGACACUCGGAGAGAUAGGACUCGAGUCGAUGUUUGCCGUAGAGUUGCAGCAGUCGUUGGAGAAGGAGUGGAAUAUAAACGUGUCGUUACAUAACGUCAAAAGCAUUACGAUUGGAAUGUUGAAGGACUACGAGUCGGGAGAUCCGGAUGUAGUGAAAAAGUUCCUGGAUGAGAUUAAAGUUGCCCGCGCAUAUCUGUUGAAACAGAAGUUUAUAAUACCCACCGAAACGCAUACCCGUCUAAACGCGGUGACCACCGGUCGACCCGUGUAUCUAAUGCCUACGAUUACUAUGAAUUGGACCAUGUUUGAACAGUUGGCUCAAUCGCUCAAUCGGCCAGUGAUUGGGCUUAAUUGGACCCGCGAGAUGAGCACCCUGACCACGCUCAAACAAGUAAAUGAGUACUUUGUGACACUCAUGAAACAACUGGAGCCCAGGGGUGGGUACGAUGUGGUCGGCUAUUUGGACGGCGCUAUCGCCGCCGGGAAACUGUUAUUGAAGGGAUCGGCGGACAAAGCGGUGAUCAUCGAUGCUAUGGCCGACGACGCAGAAGUGGAUCAAAUCACAGAUGAAGACUUGUUGUUGUUUAUAUUUGGCGUAUCGUUUAGCAAAGUUCCCGCUCCCAUAUUUGAUAGGAUAGUGCGCGACAUGAAAAAACAGUCGGACAUCAAAUCACAGAUCAGAGUCAUAGUCACUGAGUUGAUAGAGUUUGUGGGCAAAGGUCUGGUGGCGCCCGAUAUCGACGAGAUUUACCACAUAGUGUUGGCCAGACUUCGGAUGCUUUUGACGUAUAGAUCGGAUAAGAAGAAAAAGUGGUCGAAUCGGCUCAAAGUGACAAUUGCUAAGAAGUGGUCCAAAAGUGUGGGCAAAUUGAUCAUGAUCAAACCUGUUAUUAUGGAUGACAUCGAUGAUGUCAAUGAAUUGAUUGGCAAAUCACGUGACGCUCAUCUAUUGCCCGACGUAAAGGAUGGGACUGAUAAUAUCGAAGUGACCAUGAUCAAUUCUGGGCACGAUACGGAUAUUAUUACAGCUGAAAUGAAUGAAAAACUUUUGUCCGUGCUCAAAUAAAUGUUAAACAUGUUUACAAUUAUCUGC